AUGGAGUUUGUUCUUGCUGUGAGGAAUGCUUCACUUGAUGAUCCAAUUGCAAAAUUGAGCGAUGAUGCUCUCGAGUGGCUCCGUAAUCCCCCCCACGGACCUAUUGUUAUCAACAGCCCAGGAGUUCAUCAAAGUAUCUCAAUGUACCUCGCACUUGAGCAUGCUUCACAAGAUGCAUACAAUUGCAUUCGCAGAGCUACUGCCCGGAAUUUUGGUGGUGCAGAUGGUGUUGACAACCUGCUCAGCUUCUACAAUGUCAAGAAACUCAUUACUCAAUACACUGGUGUUGAAUCCAUCGAGCACGAUAUGUGCCCCAAAUCUUGCCUAGCAUUCACCGGCCCAUACGCAGACUUGGACCAAUGUCCUUUGUGCACCAUGUCACGCUGGGACCAGGCCAAGCUUCAAGCAAGCAAUGGGCACAAUAAAGUUGCUGCUCAGAAGUUCAUCACUAUACCUCUAGGCCCACAGCUCCAGUCACUAUAUCGCGACUCCGAGAACGCACAUAAUAUGCGCUAUCUUCACAAAUGCAUGCAGGAGAUUUUGGCACAGAUAGAGAGAACCAUGGAGAUUCCCAUCAUUGAUGAUAUUGCCAUGGGGUACGAUUACCUUGGCGCUGUUCUUGAUGGCGACAUCAAGGCAAAUGACAUAGUUCUGAUGGUAUCACUCGACAGGGCGCAGCUUUAUGAAAGCAAACAGUCUGAUUGCUGGAUGUACGUGUGGGUCAUCCUGAACCUCGCACCUGACAAACGCUAUUGGAAACUGCAUAAUGUAGACUCCUUCCUUGCUGUCGGUAUCCACCAUCUUGCAGCACUUCAAAAUGAAGGACUUGCCAUGUGGGAUGCAUCUCACGAUGCCCACUUCACCUCGGAUCUCCACCUACUUUACACAACUGCUGAUGGCCCCAGACUUGUUUAUUGGGAUGGGAUGGAUCAGUGUGUCGAGGGUAGUGAUCAUCCUGACAUUGACGUCUGCAAACUCCCUCCAGGAGGAUCAGCAGAUUAUGCCAAAAAUCUAUUUCAGCUUGUAGUGUCUCCAAAUCAAUGGCAGUUGGACCUCCGAAAAAUCAAAACAGGUAUCAUGAAGCCUCCCCUUAUUAUGGGCCUUAGCCCAUCUCACUGUCUCAGCAUCCCUCACUGCAUGACCACAGACAUCAUGCACCUUGCUGCAAACCUGAGUGAUCUGUGUCUCAAUCUCUGGCAUGGAACAAUGGACUGUGGCACCAUGGAUGAUAUAGCUAUGUGGGAUUGGGCAGUCCUUCAAGACACAGAAACUUGGAGUACGCAUGGAGAAUUAGUCAAACACACAGGUCUGUAUUUGCCCCCCUCAUUCGACCAGAAACCACGAAACAUCGCCAAUUGA